GCGCUUCGCUUCUGCGCAGUGGAAAAUCUAUGCAAAUGAAUUUUUGUUUACGCCAUCUUGGGAACUACUGUGGAAGGUUUAGUUGCUAUCCUCCAAAAUCAAGCUGCCUGUUGACCAUCAUCUGAAAAAAAUAGUGGAAAUUCAUUUCAAACAGCUUUACCAUGUCUACUGCAGAUGGUAAGCUGUCGACGACGGAGAGGGUCAUCAGAAGUGUCCCCUUUCCACUCAGUCACCGUCUGACAGUGAGUGAAGUAUUUGAUGCCAAAGGUAAACCUAAACCUGAUGUUCUCAAGCAACAUUUUAUAAUGGAGGGGCGUGUCACAGAGGAGGUGGCCCUCAAGAUAAUCAAUGAUGGUGCUGCUUUAUUAAGACAAGAAAAAACAAUGAUUGACAUAGAAGCACCUGUCACAGUUUGUGGUGAUAUUCACGGACAGUUUUAUGAUUUAAUGAAAUUGUUUGAAGUUGGAGGUCCCCCAGCCACAACACGCUACCUCUUUUUAGGAGACUACGUAGACCGAGGUUAUUUCAGCAUAGAGUGUGUCCUGUAUCUAUGGGCAUUGAAGAUGCUUCAUCCGAACACUUUUUUUAUGUUGCGUGGAAACCACGAAUGUCGACAUCUAACAGAAUAUUUCACAUUUAAGCAAGAAUGUAAAAUCAAAUACACUGAGCGGGUCUACGACUGUUGCAUGGACGCCUUUGAUUGUUUACCCUUAGCAGCCCUGAUGAAUCAACAGUUUUUAUGUGUCCAUGGUGGUCUCUCGCCUGAAAUCCACACAUUAGACGACAUUAGAAAAUUGGACAGAUUCAAAGAGCCGCCAGCAUUUGGUCCAAUGUGUGAUUUACUAUGGUCAGAUCCACUGGAAGAUUUUGGAAAUGAGAAAACAACAGAACACUUCACUCACAAUACAGUCAGAGGUUGCUCAUAUUUCUAUAGCUAUGCAGCAUGCUGUGAUUUCUUGCAACAAAAUAAUUUGCUGUCAAUUAUAAGGGCACAUGAAGCACAGGAUGCAGGAUACCGAAUGUAUAGAAAAAGUCAAACAACUGGGUUUCCGUCAUUGAUUACAAUAUUUUCAGCUCCAAAUUAUUUGGAUGUUUAUAACAAUAAAGCUGCUAUACUCAAAUAUGAAAACAAUGUCAUGAACAUUCGCCAGUUCAAUUGUUCUCCUCACCCAUACUGGUUACCCAACUUCAUGGAUGUGUUCACAUGGUCAUUGCCUUUUGUAGGAGAGAAAGUGACAGAGAUGCUGGUGAAUGUAUUGAGCAUCUGUUCAGAUGAUGAGCUGGUUACAGAAGGAGAAGCAGACUCUAUGGAAGAAAAUGGACGCAAAGACAAAAGCCCUGUUAAUGGUGAUGCUGCAGUAGCUGCAAGGAAGGAGGUUAUUCGAAACAAGAUCCGUGCCAUUGGGAAGAUGGCAAGAGUCUUUACUGUGCUUAGAGAAGAGAGUGAAACUGUAUUGAUGUUGAAAGGGUUGACCCCGAAUGGACUUCUGCCUGUAGGAGCUCUCUCGGGAGGAAAAGAUACCAUUAAAAGUGCACUGAGUGGGCUGUCUCCCCAUCAUAAGAUCAGUGGAUUUGAAGAAGCCAAGUGUUUGGACAAAGCCAAUGAACGGAUGCCUCCCAGGAAGGACAUGAUCAACAAUGCCAGUGCUGCCAACAACAAGGAUGUCAAGUCCUGAGCUAUAGUAGACUAUCAGUGCUGCUACUGCUGCUGCCCUGUUCUCUUAGCCGACCCCCCCAUUGCUAUCUCUCUUCCAAUCUCUCAAUUUUCACUUUCUCCAUGGGUUGUUCUAGUCACAUUUGAAGUGUGAACUCUGCACCAAGGAUAGCAGAUAUUAUGAAAUAGAACAGCAGAAGGAACAAUCGCUAUUGUCAUAGGUGUUCAGUUGCACACGUCCCAGUGCCAUAUACACCCAUGGGAGCAGUGCUGUCACCUGUGGGGCAUGCAUGGUACAGUGCUGAUAUCCAGAGGACAGGCUGUGGAGUAAGAGCUUGCCACAGUGCUGAUGAUUUUGAUAGCUUCGAUUUCAGCUUUAACUGUGGUAACAGACAUUUUGAGUUGUUUGGAUAAUAACAUUCUUAUUACUGAGGUCAAACGUUUCUGCCGUUUUAUCGUUAAUGGUGGUUCUUAAAGAUUUAUGCUGUUAUUUCAUUGUUCUAAGAAAAUGAUCAUUAAUUUUUCAUUAGCUUUGGUGUAGAACAUUGUAUUGCGGCCAACAGUAGAAAUCUGUACAGUCUUGUACAUAACUAAACUGUAUUGAAUAACAUACCAGUAGAGGGUAGUAUAAGGGUAGCCAAAAGGAACUGGGUAUCAACUGAUCAAAGCAGUAUGGCAUUAAGAGAGCUUAUUAUUUCUAUUCCAUGUUUCCAUAAAAAUUUUUUUCUACAUUGUUAAAGAUGUAUUAACAAAGGAAUGUACAUUAGCCAAUAUGAGCUUAGUAACAGUAUCAUUUGAGACUGGCAUAUUUAUUGCCAGGUCUUUGCAAGCUCCUAAGUGUAUUUUUGAAACAGAUCCUCUUUAUUUUCUUUGCAUGCUAUGUAAAUGUUUUUGCUCUAUUACUGUGUCAGUAAGGCACAAAAUAGAGCUUGAGAGUUGAGGGGGAUAGAAGAACAAAACCGCAAACUGUUUCAAGUGUCAAUUCAGGCCAUUAUGAUACACUUUUCUCCAGGUGACUUGACCUAAUAAACCUAGCUCAUGUUGACCUUGGUUAGAAAAGGUCAUUGUGACCUGCUGAUUAAAAUCAAGCCUACUUGUUCUGGUGUCUAACUUUUUUCUUAUGGCAUUGAUGUAGAUUAUUGUGGUUUUCAUGGAAUGUUUCAUUUUGUACUGUGUCUUGCCAUUUGAAUAUAGAAUCUUUUUUCACCUAUGCAUUUAAACAGGUUAAAACAGUUGAGACUUUCAUGGCAGUAUCCUUUGUACAUGUCAAUAUGUUUGCAAGAUGGCAGUUUGGAGGUGGUCAAAAACAUGCCACCAGUUAAAGCCAACAUAAACUUGAUUUGGUGGUCUGUAAUGUGUGGGCAGACUGAAAGAGUUUUGUGGGCAGAUAAAUGGACAAUCUGUGCUGAUCAGUUGGUGUUGUGCUGACCAGUAGAUGACCAAGGUGCAAUAUUAUUCCUCUGCUCGGAUUAUACAGCAAAGUCUGAAUAAAACAAAGGGCAAAAGAGGCAGCUUAUUUCUUGACAACACAACAACACAUCAGUGAAUUUGCAGAAGAGAGAAAAGGAAACUGACAAAUAGUAACAUUGCUUCAAAAUUUUAAGUAUAUAAGUGGCAUGAUUCUCGCCAUAGGAGACUUCAUAUUUUUCUUUGCCCACUAGAAGGAGACCAUUCAUAGAGGACAAUUUAAAUCGAGUCCCCAUCCUAUUACUUUUGAGCGAUUUGAAAAUGCUUCUUAAUUGUAAUUGUGAAGUGCUAACAGGUCUUUUUUUCCCAAAAAAAUUUUAAAGCAAUUAUUAGUGUUGUAAAUUUACAGUUAUUACUAUUAUUAUUAUUAUUAAUAUGUUGUGAUACAGUAUUCCAUAUCAACUGCAGUUGCUUGGUAGGAAGGCAUUUUAAGAGAUCACAAUUGUGGUUUUUUAUUUGUGCUACUUCAACAUGGGUUCUACUGCAGCUGGUAUGUUGCAUACUGAGUUUUUUUAAACGUUGCUAUAACUUUUUACCAUUGAAUGCUGGGUAUAUGGUAAUCCAGGUCAGUGACCAUUUUUCAAAUACUGGGUUUAUGGUAAUACAGGUCUUGUAAGCUAGUUUAUUUAACAGGCCCUUGUAAUUAUUUCAAUCCAUUUAUAUACAGCUUUAGGUUCAUUGUGAGAUAUCUGGCAAGGUAUGUGUCAAUAUCACACUGCUAGAAGAGACAGUUUACUGAAAUAUAAAACAAUGAAAAUUUUGCUGGAAUGUCCACAGAGGAAAAAUUAUGAAUUUUAACUUAAUCUGUAUGUUUAAAUUGAUUCUGAGCUCAAUGUUCAUACUCUUUAGUUUGGAUUAUAGGACUUCCCAUUAUCUAGACCCAACUUUUUCAAUGCUCUCACUUCCCAUAGUACUUAUUUUGUCAGUUGUCAUGUUAUUGUUGUAAAUGAUGCAUGUGUUUAUUAAUGUACACUUUGUGUUGAUCAAUAAACUUUA